AUGGACGGUUUAUUUCUCGAAAAUGGCCCAUGGAGAAUGAAUAGUGAUCAAUCAUUAAGAAUUAUUGAUGGUUCAUGGAUCGAAUUUGCUAAUGUGCUUUAUGUUGAUCAGCCGGUUGGCACUGGUUUUAGUUAUGUAAAUUCCACGGGUUAUUUAAGAAAUGUAUCGCAGCGAACUGAUGUUGUAAAGGCCAUUCAUGCUGAGCGCAAAAAUGAGGAUUGGGUAGAGUGUAGUCCGGCAGUAAGUCGUGGUUUUACCAAUGAUCCGAAUCUCAUUUGUAACCUAGAAGGUACUGAAGCCAUGAUUAAAGAAUUAGAAUGGAACGAAGCAAAAGGGUUUCAGAAUUCCACUACAACACCUUUGUCCUUUAACAAUACUGUUUAUGGGCAUAUGAUAUCAGAGCGAAAUCUUACAUAUGUAGUUCUCUACAAUGCCAGUCAUAUGGCACCUUACGACGUACCAGUAGAAAGCAUGGAUAUGAUGUAUCGAUUUAUGGGAGUGAAACCACAAACAAUAAUGCUUCCAUCUGGAACCACCUAUAAUUUGGUAAUAGAAACACCUCUAUUUCAGUCAGAUAAUGUUGAUCAUUUUGGAGAUAGUGAAGACGAGGAUAAUGGUCAUGGACAAAUUGUUGAAUCAAGUAUGCGCAACAAUCAGGAUAGAUAUGUUGAUGAUGAACAAGAUAGAUAUGUUGAUGAUGAAAAACAGGGUAGAUAUGUUGAUGAUGAAAAACAGGGUAGAUAUGUUGACAAUGAAGAAGACUACGAUAGGGGGAAAUGA